ACAAAUUUGAAAAUUGCAGUGACUUGUACAUUUUGUUUUAAAAAUUUUCAUUAAAUAAGCAAAAUGUUCUUAACUCGUUCAGAAUACGAUCGUGGUGUAAAUACCUUCUCCCCAGAGGGUCGUUUAUUUCAAGUAGAAUAUGCUAUUGAGGCAAUUAAACUUGGGUCUACCGCAAUUGGAAUUUGUACAUCGGAGGGUGUUGUAUUAGCAGUAGAAAAACGAGUAACAUCAACUUUAAUGGAACCAACAACCAUUGAGAAAAUCGUUGAGGUAGAUAAACAUAUUGGUUGUGCUGUAUCUGGACUAAUGGCUGAUUCACGUACAAUGCUCGAUCGCGCCCGCGUAGAAUGUCAAAACCAUUGGUUUAUUUACGAUGAACGUAUGACUGUUGAAUCGUGCGCCCAAGCAGUAUCUAAUCUAGCUAUUCAAUUUGGUGAUUCCGACGAUGAUGGAUCGGCCAUGAGUCGACCAUUUGGUGUAGCAAUUUUAUUUGCAGGUAUUGAUGAAAAAGGUCCACAAUUAUUCCAUAUGGAUCCUUCCGGUACUUUUGUACAAUUUGAUGCAAAAGCUAUUGGAUCUGGUUCAGAAGGGGCACAGCAAAGUCUCCAAGAAAUGUAUCAUAAAUCAAUGACAUUAACAGAAGCUACAACUGCCGCAUUAACUAUUUUAAAACAAGUUAUGGAAGAGAAAUUGAAUUCAUCCAAUGUUGAAGUGAUGACGAUGACUCCAGACAAGUUAUUCCAUAUGUUUACUAAGGAUCAGGUUGAAGAGGUGAUUAAAGAUAUUGCUUAAUAUUAUUAUCUUUUAAUGUUUAAAUUACGAUAUAAUUUAAUUUUUGA